AUGAAGUUUUCUGCCGCCCUCGUCGCCGCCCUCGUGCCCUCGGUCUACGGACACUACUUCUGGAACAAGCUCAUCGUCAAUGGCACCGAGACUGGCGACAUGGAGUUUGUCCGCCGGACGACCCGCCCCCUCCCCUGGAACCCCAUCAAGUGGAAGAACCCGCUCGAGAACUCGACCCCAGACCUCGACGACAUCCGAUGCAACCAGGGUUCCUUCAGCUCCGCCGGGUCCACUGGUGUCAAGGAGGUCGCCGCGGGCUCCAACGUGGGCUUCAAGCUCGCCGUCGGCACGUCAGCGGGGCACCCGGGCCCGGCCUUGGCGUACAUCUCGAAAGCCCCCGGCUCCGUCAAGGAGUACCGCGGAGACGGCCCCUGGAUCAAGAUCUGGGAGACGGGCGUGUGCAACACGGCUGCCGACUUCAAGACGGACGCCUGGUGCACCUGGGGCAAGGACACAGUGACCUUUGACCUGCCCAAGGACCUGCUGAAUGGCGAGUACCUGCUGCGCAUCGAGCACAUCGGCCUCCACGGCGCACACGACGAGCAGGCAGAGUUCUACCCGGCCUGCGCGCAGAUCAAGGUCACGGGCGGCUCCGACACUGGCGACCUCGGUCCCGGCAUCCUGCUUCCCGGAGGCUACAAGCGGACCGACCCGUCGUUCAACUUCGGCAUCUACAACGGCUACAAGCCGUACCCCUUCCCCGGCGGACCGAUGUACAAGGGCAUCCAGGGUGGUAGCGGCAAUGAUACGUCUGCAGCUCCCGUCCCUGCCCCUACUUCCACUUCCACUUCCGCUGCUGGUGCC